GUCUCCAAUACCCAGAAAUCAAAUCUUAGCAUUGAUUGAGUCUGAAUGUGAUUAAAUAUAGUAGAAAGCCCUUUACCAGGCAAGUGGACAAAAUAAAAAGCCAUGAGGGAAGACUGAUAUUAUCGUUUAAGUAAAGUUUGCAUUGCAAGUAUGGGCUUCUACAUUUCCUGUCUGUGUCAGGGGUUUCCAGACAAUGUCACUUACCAAUUAUGCUUUCAGGAAAAAAAAUUAAAAAGUUAGAUCUCCCUAAUGCUAAUUUAACAUGGUAAAUGAAUCAUGUCUGCUGAAAGGAAGCCACAAUGCAUAUUUUACAUAGAAAUGAGUGUUCCUUGAGGACUAUGAAAAAAACUGACAAAGGGGAUUUUAAUGGAAAUUAAUAACAUCCUUAAAAAUAGAAUCAGGGCUGAAGAUACUUAUUAAAUUAUAUUAAGUACAUUUAGACAGUUUAGACAAUUUUUAUGUGUCACUCAUCAAAACUUAAACCAAGUUUUAAUGCUUGGUUCCAAGUCUGGGAAAUUCAUAAACAAACAUGAGGCGAAGAAAUGGCCUCAUUAAAUUCUAAAAACUAUAUUUGUGAAAUGAAGGUACAGCUGGGUGGUGAUUUUGCUGACAGGGACUAACCUACAUACAGCUAUGCCCUCCUGCCUUUUCCCACAGGAGACUUUAUGUUCUAAUUAUCUGUCGUGAUUUUUUUUCCUUGCUUCUACUUUUUAUUAACAGAAGCUAUAAAUCUUUGAAUAAAGACAUGAAGCAAUCUUUAUGAAGUCUGAUUAACACCUUGCUAAUGUUUUACGGCUACCUAUGCUGCUACACAUAUGUGAGAUUGCUCUUGUCCCAAGUAAAGAAAAAAUAUGUUCAUGUGUUUCAUGAACACUUAGGAUUAUUAGCAUACUUAGGGUGUCUUUAAGAUACUCUAGGUAUAUAUUAUAUAUAUAAAAUAUAUUAAAGGAGACAUAGCCUUAACGUUCCAAAACUUCUGACUAAACAGAGAAUAUAUAAAUUUUAAAAAUAAUCAUCUUCUUGCACUUUGUUUUAAACAGGGGGAAUGCGUAUGAGGAGUACUAACACGAAGAAAAUUUCCCGAAGGUCAUGCAGAGGCAAACUUGACUAGUGGGGAAUCGCCUUCCAGAGUAGACUGCAGCCUUCCACUGAAACAGUUGCUCAAGGUGAUGGCCGCGCCGCGGCCGGCAGCGCUCCGCACGGACCAGGCGCGGCGCCGGCGCAGGUAGCGCGGCUCCAUGGAGGGCAGCGGCGCGGCCCCGGAGGAGGAGGAGAGCGGCAACGCCAACGGCGCUCCCCCGCCACCGCCGCCCACGCCGGCCGCCCCCUGCGGCUUCAGCUCCUCCCUCUGCUUCAGCGCCGCCGCUGCCGAGCCCCAGCCGCCCGCGGCCGGCGGCCGGGUGGUGCAGAGCCAGUGGGAGAUCAACAACGCCGCCCGCCCGCCGGAGGAGGAGGAUGAGGAGGUGGUGGGGCCGCGGGAGCGGCCGCCGGAGGAGCCCGACCUGGUGAUCGAGGUGUCGGGCCGCCGCAUUCGGGCGCACAAAUCGGUCCUGGCGGCCAAGAGCGACUAUUUUCGUGCCCGCGCCUCACGGGACGUCCUGCGGGUGAAGGGGGUGAGCUACGGGGCGCUGCGGCUGCUCAUCGACUACGUGUACACCGCCCGCAUGGGCGAGGUGCGGCACGACAACCUGGCUGAGGUGGUGAGCGGCGCCCGCGUCCUGCAGAUGCCCUGUGCCCUGCACUGUGCCGCCGAGGCCAUGCGCGCCCAGCUCUGCCUCGGCAACUGCUACCAGCUCCUCUGCCUGGCCAAGAAGCAGCGGCUGGCGGAGCUGCGGGAGGCUGCCUAUCGCUUCAUGAGCGACCAUUACCUGGAGGUGCUGCGGGAGCCCAGUGUGUACGGCCGCCUCAGUGGCGCUGAGCGGGACCUCAUCCUGCAGCAGCGCAUGGACGCCGGCCGGCCCUGCUUGCUGGUGGCCGAGGUCAGCGACGCCUUCGAGCGGCCGGGUGGUGGCAGCCGGCCACAGAGCCGCGAGAGCAGUCGGCCGCAGAGUCCCUCCUCCGUGGUGUCGCUGGAGGACAGUGGCUCCCUCAUUCACUGCUACCAGGAGGCCAGCGGCGAGUGGAGGGUGCUGACGCGCCUGCCCGAGGAGGCCAAUGCCAAGGGCUGCGCCAUGUGUGUCCUCCACAACUACCUCUUCCUAGCAGGGGGCAUCGUGACAGGGCCGGCGGGCAGCGAACCCAGGGCUCGCCUUUCCGACAAGGUCUUCUGCUACAACCCCCUGACUGACACCUGGAGCCAGGUGCGGCCACUGGCUCAGCCCCGCUCGCAGCUCAAGCUGCUGGCCCUGGAUGGUUACCUCUACGCUGUGGGGGGUGAGUGUCUCUUCACUGUGGAAAGGUAUGACCCGCGGGCUGACCGCUGGAGCCCUGUGGCACCUCUGCCCAAGGGUGCCUUCGCUGUCGCCCACGAGGCCACCACUUGCAACGGGGAGAUCUACGUGUCAGGAGGCUCCCUCUUCUACCGCCUGCUCAAAUAUGACCCCAAGCGUGACGAGUGGCAGGAGUGCCCUUACAACAGCAGCCGCCGGCGCUCCGCUGACAUGGUGGCCUUCAAGAGCUUCAUCUACCGCUUUGACGUGAGCAGUGGCCGUGGCGGGGAGCAGGGCCCCGGCGGCGGGACGAGCGGCGGUGUCGAAGUUUUCCGGUACAACACGGUGGCCAAGUGCUGGAGCCAGUGCGCCAGCCUGCGGCCCAGCGGUGGCCCCAUCCAGCCCUUCCGCUGUGCCCCCUUGGGCAACACCAUCUACUGCGUCAACCGGACCGGCACCCUGCGCUUCAGCCUGGCCCAGGACGGUGAGGUGGAAGCAGAUGGUGGCCUCAAGGGCACCUUUGACAGCGAGCUUCUUAAAGCCCCCUUGGAUGCCAAAGGUGUCCUCCUACCCUUCGUGCUUACCCUGCCUGAGAGGCUGGACAAAGCAGGGGACCAGGAAGGCUCCCUCCCACUUUAAGGUGGCCAGCCUGGCUCUGCCUUCCUGAGAGGGGAGUUGGGUUGCAGGUCCACAAACUCCCCUCUACAGAAAGAACCCUCUCUAUUGUGUUUGCAGAGAAAAGGGACUUCCCCUUUCCUCGUCUCUGCUCUCAAGAUGUUGAGCUGGUUUUAACUCAGUUGUAACUCUUCUCAUGUUUGCUGUGCUUUGUGUGAAAAGCCAAGCACACAAAAGUGUAAAAGCUGCUAUAAAGGAUAAUCUCUGGAUUAUGUUUGUGCCAAUCCCCAAUCUGAGAAAAACGUUUUUAUACCUAAAUUUCUAAAAUAUUCUUGACAACAGUGUCAUAACGGGAUGUUAGUGUUGGUUGUGUGUUUACACGUAGUUGCUAUCUGGGCUGGAGCCUUUUCUGUCAUUUGUGGUUUUUUCUCCUCUGGGAUGAUGCUGAGGGAUAAACAUUGCUGGCAACAUAGUUUAGCUGCAUUUGUUUUCAUGUUAAACCAACUAUUUCCUGUGUUUAAAAAGUAUAGGAAGAACAUCUCCAUUACAGCCUUUCAUUUCUGGUGCAAUAGAUGGUUUAAGGAAGCUGUGGCACUGUGUUGGUCCCAGGAAUUUCAACCACAGAUGAUUUAACAGAUACCAAACUUAAUGUUUUAAGUAACACAAAUGUAUGCCACGUUUUACUUGGAAUGCAAAGAAAAAGAAAAAAAGUCAGUUGCCUUUUUAAAAUGUGGCAUUUUAUGGUAGAUAUGAGAUGUUGAUAUGCUCUUUAUUUGAGAAAGGCAAUGGUUUCUGUAUAAAAAGAUACUGUUUUAUUACUUUUUUUUUGAUCAGAGAUUUUAAAUUAAAAAUGAACUGAAGCUGUUCAGACUGCAACCAAUUGUCAUAACCAUGUAUGCCACUAGAGCUGGGGAAAAGCUUUGUACUUCAUAUGCUCUUUAGUUAGCUGCAGGUCAAGGAAGGUUAACCUAAAACGAUUUGUGGCAAAAGGCCUUUUCCCACUUAUUUUGAGACCAUCAAAAGGAACAUGGAAAAUAGGAAUGUGCUACACAUGUUCAUUAUAUUGUGCACUAGCAUGAUGUUACUUCCCUGUCUUUUGAUUGAGAGACUAUUUUAUUUAUUUUGAACUAAUGAUUGCUGUAAUCAAUAAGUCCUUUAAUUGCAGUACGUGCUGAUGGCGUACACUGUCAUUGUGGUUCUAAACUGCCCAGGAGUGUUGUUUGUGGGGCAGCAUCCAAAUGAGGCAAAAACAUACAAAACUUUUUCCUGCCUGUGGAAAGUUGGAGCACACUUUUUGUCAUGUUAUUCAGAACUGGAAAACAAAAAAUGUCUACACAGACAGACUAUAUUGAAAAGGGCACAUGCAUUUAUUUUAUACCUUUUAUAUUAAAAAUAAAAAAUCAAUAGGCAAGACAAAUGUUCCAGCUUUAUGGUAAAUCACUGAGAAACCUUUUCAGAAAAAAGAACCUGUGUUUUUGCUGGUACAUUGCUGUAUAUUCAGCAUGGACUCGUAUGGACUGUGGAAGAGAAUUGUUUAUACUCAAAGCUCUAGUAUAGACUCAUAUUUUAGAAAGACAUAGGGACCUUUCAUCAGAAAAAGCAGAUGUUUUUAUGUUUUAUUAAGAUGUUUUUGUUAAAGAGGACUUUAGCAUUCUUACGCAUAAUUGCUAGUUCCAAAGGAAGGCAGCAGGCUCUGUCCUAUGAGACACCAUCUGUACAAAAGAGACUAGUGACCUUCAUAGAUAAUAACUUCCUUCGCUUUAAUGUUUGUUUGUUUGUUUUUUUUUUUCUCAUUGUUGUUGCACAGGGUUUUAAUGCAGCUUAAUUUGGUUAGUCAUUCUAUAGAAACCAGUGGUCCAGUCCUAGAAGUUCUUAGCCAAGUGAGCCUGUUCCCUAGUGAGCUAAUUAAAGCAUCAGCCAGGCAGGAGCUGUAGGCCUGUGGAGUGUGACAUUUAUCUUAGCCUCAGUACAAGUUGGUGCAGUGGAAUUUAACAUCCUUCACAGAAUAUUUGAUUUAAUUCUCAGACGAGAAUCCUUGGAAAUAUUGACUCUAAAUUGAAUUAUAGUGUUGUAGCUUGAGCAGGAAAGAAAAAUUACAUGUUUGCUUUCAGCAUAAUUUUUAUGUUAACUGUAGAAAUUAUUUCAAGCUGUGUAGUGCAAUGCUUAGGUGCAUACUUAGACUAGAGAUGUAAGUGCUAGGCCAGAUUUUGAAAUAUUAGUGUCACCAGGAACACACACAAGGAAACGUCUGUUUUAUCUUGGAAUACCACAUGGUCUCAUAGUUAAAAGACUUACGUAGCAUAGCUCUUAUCCUACAGCAUAGUGAGCUUUCAAGACAGGUUUUGCAUUCCUAUUAAUUAAGCAUUAAUUAAGCACUUUCAUUCUGCUAAUGCAUGAAAAUGCUUCUAAGUGAGUUUUGGGAGGUUUCCAUGAUUUAAGAUGUGACAAUUCACAAACUUUUGGGAUAGAAUGGACCAUACCCUUUCUUCCAAUAUUUAUUGCUGCACACUAUGAAGAAAAACAUUUAGAAGUAAGUUCUACAGUUAUAACUGUUCAACAAACCUGCAGUGGUUUGUGUUUUUGCUAGCUCCUAUUUUUAAAAAAAGUUGAAUCAAGUGCUUACCUGCUUUCACUGUUUACACAGUGUCCAUGGGGAGAGUCUGGGCUUCAUUAGUAGCUGUCUAUCAAACCUGUUUCCUUUGUGCACUGCAUAGUCACAGCCUGAUGAUUAACAACAGAGGCAUGUUUCUAGCCAGAUUUCCUACUCUGUGGCCUCUGUUUCCUCCCUGGUAGGCCUGAGGCAGAUUUGCUGAGAGUUGUUUUCUCCCCUAGUUGUAUCUUCACAAAGAAACCCCCCCACCAAACUUGGGUACUAAAACCAGAUUUUACAUAGUCUUCAGGCAUUUAAAGAGUGAACUUGUCAUUCCAGAGCCCUACACUUUUACUUAAACCUAGCAACAACUGUCUCUUUGACAUGUGGAGCUGCUGAGCAGUUCCCUCCACCCAUGUGGAACUGCUCAGAGCAGUUUCACACCUACCUAACAAGUGGGAUAUCCAGAAACCACUGAUGUAAUAGGGUUUAAUGUAGGUACAAACCAAAGGGCCAGGCCACCCUCAAGUUGUGUUUGCAUAUAUUUUGCUUUUAAAACAGCCAUUUUAUCUAAAGUAGCCUGAAGUCUACCAUAUUUGCAUAGGAACAUGGAGAUCAGUAUGUGCUUUUUUAGCCUGCAAGCAUUCAGUCCGUAUCUCCCACCCUCUGGUUGUCAGUGGACUAAAGGAACUCUUGGAGCUAGUCCCUCCCUAGACUACGCCUAAUUUCAAGGUUGUUUGCUAGAGAAUUUAGGCUUGAAUUCCCCUAAGCUGAGUAAGGACUGAACUGGGGCCUUGCACUUCAUGGAUGCACACAUUCUCAAAUUUUAAUGGCUGUUCAGGGAAGUCCAUUGGAAACACCUCCUACAGCUCUUUCUUGGGUGAGUUUCAUGCAGAUCCUCCAAAACCACACAUAGGCUCCUGUGCAUUGAGUUCUGAGCAGAUUCCAGGCCCCACCUCCUGGAUGGGUAAUUCAGCAUAGAUUUAGUACGAGUGCCUACGUUCGGGCAAGUUUUCUUUAGAAAGCUUUUGCAGACAGGCUCUCUGUUUUGGGUUACCAGUCUGAGGUGAACUAGCUACUGUACUGGGCAGUCAAACAGGUGAUGGAGAUUCUUCUCAGGUGUGCCACCUUAGUAAAGAGGCAUUGUAGUACCUGACAAUGAAAUGCCUAAACCCUUCAUUGAAUCUAAAACUAAAUCCCAGUUUCAAUAAAGAAAUGCUCUUAACAGAUGAAACUUUACUGUUUCUAUCUAUUAACUGGUUCUGUAAAAUAGAAAUCUUAAUUGCAGCAAAAGCAUGUGUACAAAUUCUGUUUUCACUUGAAACUAAGUAAAAAAAAAAUAAUUGGCAAAAGAAUAACCCUGUUUGAUCAAAACUGGCAGUGUUAAGCAACAUGGGGAGGAUGUUAGUCAUAUCCUAGUGAUGACUAAAAAUUUGCAGUCGCUGAUGUAAAUUCUAUCCACAGAAAGUUUCUUUGUAAAUAAAUACCUGAUAAAAUUUAAAGUGAUAAAAGAAUAAAUUUCUCACAUGAAAGCCA